AUUUCUGCAGUACGAAGAUUUGUUUUGUCCCAAUUUAUUGAUUUUCCAAGGAAUUUCGUCUGCAACUACCAUUGCUUGAAAAUUGGUUUUCUUUCUGAAAAAAAAGUGAGAGGAACGUUGCGCAAAAACUAUUAAUGACCCUUUUCUUUGUCCAAAUUUUGGACACCUGUUUAAUACGUGUCAUAUAAACAUUAAAAUAUGGCGAGCAAGACAGACAAAUACUCAAUAUUAUUACCAACUUAUAACGAGAAAGAGAACUUGCCUCUUAUCGUUUGGCUUAUUGUUAAAUCAUUUGAAGAAAGUGAAGAGAGCCAUGAUUUUGAAAUCAUCGUCAUCGAUGAUGGAAGUCCAGAUGGGACUUUAGAAGCUGCAACACAACUUCAGAAUAUCUAUGGCAGCGAAAAAAUAGUGUUGAGGCCAAGACCAAAGAAGUUGGGAUUAGGGACAGCAUAUAUUCAUGGUUUGAACCAUGCCACAGGAAAUUUUGUGAUUCUCAUGGAUGCAGAUCUUUCGCAUCAUCCCAAGUUCAUUCCAGAAUUCAUAAGGAAACAAAAAGAGGGUGACUAUGAUGUGAUAUCAGGCACACGAUAUAUAGGAAGUGGUGGUGUAUAUGGCUGGGAUCUCAAGCGGAAAUUGAUUAGUCGAGUCGCCAACUACAUAACUCAAGUAUUGUUGCGACCUGGUGCCUCAGAUCUCACUGGAAGCUUCAGGCUUUAUAAGAAGGAUGUUCUUUCUCAUUUGGUCAACUCGUGUCAGUCUAAAGGUUUUGUAUUUCAAAUGGAAAUGAUUGUCAGAGCCAGACAAUUAGGAUACACCAUUGGAGAGGUCCCCAUAACGUUUGUCGAUCGAGUGUAUGGUGAAUCAAAAUUGGGUGGAAGUGAAAUUAUAUCAUUUGCUAAAGGUUUACUUUACCUUUUUGCUACUACUUAAGGAACGAGUGUGAAAAGCAUUGGCAACAAAAUGUGUGUUCAGAAGUCGCGUUUCUUUAUUAUAAAAUACAAUCCUACAUUAGUAAAACGCAA